AUGAGUGAGGGAAGAGGCAGUGCACUAGUUUUCGGAUUAGCGGCGGUGAUGGUGGCGGCGAUAGUGGCGGGCCAUUUUCCGGCGGCCGAAGCUGCCACCUACACAGUGGGCGGCGCACGUGGCUGGACAUUCAAUGUUGCCUCCUGGCCUAACGGCAAGCGAUUUAGAGCAGGCGACAUACUGGUGUUCAGUUACAGUCCACUGGCCCACAACGUGGUGCAGGUGGACCGACGUGGCUACAAUGGGUGCGCUGCCCCGAGUGGGGCCCGAAUUCUCCGGACUGGUAAGGAUCAAAUAAAGCUCGCCAAGGGCCAGAAUUUCUUCAUCUGCCUCAUCCCCGGUCACUGUCAAGCUGGAAUGAAGAUUGCUGUCAAUGCUCUCUAAUUAUAUAUAUAUAUAUGUACGUGUAUCCAUCUGAAUUAAUAAAAAGGAAAAAAACACUACCUCUGAAGUAGGUUUUUUUCAGAAAAUAUUUUAUAUUUUGUUAGAUUAUUUUAAAUAGUAAAAUUUUAAAUUGAAAUAGUUGUUUGAUGUAAUAUAAAUAUAU